UAGUUACUGGGGAAUUUCCACAGCGAAGGUAGAUAUACACUGAAAUUGCUUAUCCAGAUCAGUUUGAGCAUUUAAUACAUUAAACAUGGACGCCGCACUGUGUGGAAUGACGGAGGUUCUGGGGAAAGAUGGCAUGGUUAAAGUUAGUGAUCUCGUGAGUGGGAAAACCUGUGUAGGUCUGUAUUUCUCCGCGCACUGGUGCCCUCCCUGUCGCGGUUUCACACCCAAACUGGCUCAGUUUUAUAAAGAUCUAAAGGCCAAUGGUCAAAGUAUUGAGAUUAUCUUCGUCAGCUCUGACCGGGACCAAGAGAGCUUCACAAAUUACUACAGUGAGAUGCCGUGGCAUGCCCUUCCAUUCGAUCAAGGUGAUACAAAGGCAACUUUAGCAGAAAAAUACGGUGUACAGGGAAUUCCCACAUUGGUCAUUCUGGACAAAGACGGAAACAUCAAGGAUAAAAACGCCAGAGGAACAGCCCAGAGCGCUGAAGGUUCCAGUGAACUUCCUGCUGCCUGGAAGUAGACAAUAUAUUCAGCGUUUUCUCCGUGUUUCUUUUAAAACAUGUUUAGUUAACUUAAACAUUUUUAUUCACAUUAUAUAUGUUAUUAAUGUUUCUAGACAUACUCAAAUGUGAUAUUUAUUUGUGAAAUUAAAGAAAAUGCAGCAUUA